AUUGGAACUCUGGAUAUUUCGUAGAAUGAAACACUGACUACAAGAUAAGGCAUUGUUAAACACCCACAGCAUCACAGUCGUAUCUAAUCUAAUCACACGUGCGAUUCUGUGGUUAGACACAUUUAUCACAAUUACACCAAUAAAGUGGUUUCGCACGAUAUAGAACAGGUGAGAUAACAUCCGUGACUAUUGCAAAAAAUAUAUAAAAUGCUGAUUCAGUCGAAGUUUGGCAGCAGACCUGUGAGGAAAUAUCUCUUGCAAAAAUGUCAGAUCUUAAAAUUCGGCCAAUUUCGGAUGCCCUUGCUAGGAAAGCCAUGGAUGAGUUGAAUGAAAAUGAUAAAUUCACAGUGGAGGAGUUGGAAGCAAUUCGAAUCUGGUUGCAACAAUCGAAACACAUCCGAGGCAGGAAUGAUGAUCAAUUUUUGGUGAAUUUUCUGCGAGCUUGUAAGCACAGCAUUCAGCGGGUCAAGGAAAAGAUGGACAUUUAUUAUUCAAUUCGAACGGUGCUGCCAGAAGUCAUGGCCAAUAGAGACCCACUAGAUCCGUUCAUUCGGAAAGUAAUUCAAAUGGGCGUAUCAGUACCAUUGCCGAAAACAGUUAACCCAGAUGACCCUAAAAUCAUGCUCAUACGAGGAAAUGCGUUCGAUGGAGAUGUUUGUGAUUUCCCAGAUAUCCUCAAAAUAUUCACUAUGAUUGGCGAUAUACAGUUUCGAGAUGACGAUCAGCUGGUGAUAUGUGGUGAAACAGCGAUUAUUGAUCUGGGCAGCUCUCCAAGCUCUCAUUUCUUUAAUUUCAAUAUUUCGUUUUUGAAAAAGGCAGCAAUUCUCAAUCAACAAGGAUGUCCGCUAAGGCAAAAAGGUUUCCACUUUAUUAAUACACCCAAAGGAUUCGACAUUGUAAUCAAUGUUUUCAAAAGCCUUAUGACAGAGAAAAAUCGUGGUAAAACGAUAAUUUCGCAUGGAUCUAGCUUGGCAUCAUUACAUAAAUACUUUCCGAAAUCGAUUCUUCCGGAAGAAUAUGGAGGAGAGCUGGGUCCAGUGCAGCAGUUUGUAGAUGAAUGGGAGCAAAGACUGAUCGAUAAUAGAGAGUAUUUGAUCCAUGACCAGAGUUUAGGUGUAGAUGAAAGUAAACGAAUAUCAACAAAUCCAAUUGCAGAAGAGAAGGAUUUAUUCGGUACAGUUGGAUCUUUCCGAAAGUUAGAGUUAGAUUGAUAAGUGUAAAAAACAUAAGAAAUGUACCAAAUAAAUAUGAAGGAUUAAUAUUCAUGCGAAAA